AUGAGAGGAUUUCAGAAAGCUUGCAGGGGAGUCAUAGGUUUAGAUGCAUGCCAUCUAACUGGCAAGCGUGGUGGUGUUCUAAUGGCUGCAAUAGCAAUUGAUGGUCAUAAUUCUCUGGUGCCUUUAGGCAUUAAGGUGGCUAAGAGUGAAACCAAGGAGAGCUGGACUGGGUUCCUCAAGGAUUUGGCUCCAGCAAUCAAUGCACAUCAUGCUGGCAGAAUUACCUUUAUUUCUGAUAGGCAAAAAGGGUUGUUGGAAUCUGUUCCAAAGGUUUUCCCUGGUGCAAGAGUUAGAUAUUGCUUCAGGCACUUGUACAAGAACUUCAAGAAGUACCACAAGGCACCAACCUUGCACAACUUAUCGUGGAAUGCAUGCAAAGCUUACAAAGUGAGGCAUUUUCAGGAGCACUUUGACAACAUAUGCAAAGAAAGUCAGGCUGCUGGUGAAUAUCUUAGGAAAGAAGAUCCAAGUACUUGGUCUAAGGCUUAUUUUGAUCCCCUUAGCUGUUGUGAGCAUAUGAAUAACAAUUUCUCAGAAUCAUUUAAUUCUAUGAGUUCUAAUAUGAGAGAUAAACCAAUAAUCCAAUUAGGCAUGAUGUAUGGUCAGUUAGUAAUGGGUCUGUUAUUUAAGAGAAGGGAAGAAUCUGCUAAGUGGAAUCAAAAUGAUUUGGUCCCUGCUGCUGUUAAGUUGAUAAAUAAGACGCUUGACUUGGUUGGGAAGUUUGAUACAGAAGGAAGUGUGGUUGGACAGUUAAGGGGAUUCCCUUAUCAACAUGCUGUAUGUGCAUUGAAACUGCUCAGGCCAAACUGGAAAGAGUAA